AUGUGGGAGCUGCGACCCCUCCUGCUGCUGCUCUCGGGGGCCCUGGCCCUGACCCAGACCCGGGCGGGCCCCCACUCCCUGCGGUAUGUCUACACCGGCGUGUCCCGGCCCGGCGGGGAGCCCCGCUUCAUUGUCGUCGGCUACGUGGACGACACGCAGUUCGUGCGCUUCGACAGCGACUCGGCGAGUCCGAGGGCCGAGCCGCGGGCGCCGUGGGUGGAGCAGGAGGGACCUGAGUACUGGGAGGGGCAGACGCGGAGAGCCAAGGAUACCGCACAGGUUUAUCGAGUGGACCUGAACAUCCUGCGCGGCUACUACAACCAGAGCGAGGCGGACUCUCACACCAUCCAGUGGAUGACCAGCUGCGAAGUGGGGUCCGACGGGCGCCUCCUGCGCGGGUACAGUCAAUACUCCUACGACGGCGCCGACUACCUCGCCCUGAACGAGGACCUGCGCUCCUGGACGGCGGCGGCGGGCACGCAGGCUUGGAGAACCCAGCGCAAGUGGGAGCAGGGGCGUGUGGCUGAGUACAGCAGGAACUACCUGGAGGGGGAGUGCGUGCGGGGACUCCUUGAAUUCCUGAAGAAGGGGAAGGACACGCUGCUGCGCGCAGAUGCCCCCAGAAGACACAUCACCUGCCACCCCUUCUCUGACCGGGAGGUCACCCUGAGGUGCUGGGCCCUGGGCUUCUACCCUGCCGAGAUCACCCUGACCUGGCAGCGUGAUGGGGAGGACCUGACUCAGGACACAGAGCUGGUGGAGACCAGGCCUUCAGGGGAUGGAACCUUCCAGAAGUGGGCGGCUGUGGUGGUGCCUUCUGGAGAGGAGCAGAGAUACACGUGCCGUGUGCAGCACCAGGGGCUGCCGGAGCCUGUCACCCUGAGAUGGGAGCCCCCUUCUCAGCCCACCCUCCUCACUGUGGGCAUCAUUGUCGGCCUGGCUCUCGGGGCUGUGGUCACUGGAGCUGUGGUGGCAGCUGUGAUCCACAGGAGGAAGUGCUCAGGUGAGGAAGGAGGACAGUACACUCAGGCUGCAAUGUGAGACAGCUGCCCCGCUGGGUUCCUCACAUCCUAGUGUUGUGAGUCAAGAACUGCUGAUUCUCUUUCUGCCCUGGGACCUGAGUGUGUCUGUGUCCUGUCACACACUGAGAGGGGAGACUGACUCACCCCUGCCCACCGGGCCCUCCACACUGACCUGCGUUCUCUUCCCUGAUGCUCUGGGCUGUGCCAGCAGAGACAGGACUCAGCCGUCUCCAUCUGUGUUGGCUUCUUGUUCUCCUGAAUAAUGUUUCUCCCUUACUGAAAUCAGCAUCUGGUUUGCAUUUUUCUAAUUCCUGUUUUGUGGGGUUGAGAGUUAAUAAAGGAAAUCCCUGAAAUUUGAGAAGAAAAAAAUUAAAAUCUUGAAACCGUCCAUGUGUUUUCUGUUUUGAUUUGAGUCUGUCCCACAUGUGACCGGCGAGGCUGAGAGGGAAAGGGAGGGGACAGAGGUGU